GCCUGUCCAUACAUUCAUCCACUCAUCGAUCGAGGGCUGAUCUACAUCUUCUCACCACAACGAUCGCACUAGCUCGAUCAAGAUCAUGGCAGUUCUUCGAAGGGGAUUUCUCAUUGGCGUUUGCGCCGUUCUGAUCAUGGCGAUUGCAAACGCCGAGGCAGCUUCGGUCGUCGUCGGCUUGGCCAAGUGCGCCGACUGCACCAGGAAGAACAUGAAGGCCGAGCAAGCUUUCAAGGGUGUCCACGUGGCCAUCAAGUGCAAGAACAGCAACGGCGACUACGAGAGCAAGGCCGUGGGCCAUCUGGACGGCACCGGCGCGUUCAGCGUGCCCCUCGCCGCCGACCUCCACGGCGCCGACUGCCUGGCCCAGCUCCAUAGCACGGCCAACAACGCGCCAUGCCCUGGGCAGGAGCCAUCCAAAAUCGUGCCGCUUUCCGAAGGCACAUUCGGCUUCGUCGCAGGAAAGACCCACUACCCGUCGGCCGUGUGCGCGUCAGCGACGUUGUGCGAGCCCAUCAAGAAGCACAUCAUCGACCACUUCCACAAGAAGCCUGUCCCACCGAAACCGGAGCCCAAACCUGAGCCCAAGCCGGACUACCACCCCGUCCCACCCACGCCCACCUACGGAGGAGGAGGAGGAGGAGGAGGACACCCCACGCCCAUCUACCACCCUCCGGCUCAGCAUUACCUAAAUUGCAUCCCUGGAAAUUCCUUGAAUUUAGAUCACCUAUACUGCACAGUGCACACUGACUACGUACACAUCUUCUCACCACAACGAUCACACUUGCUCCAACAUCACCGUGCGAACAUGGUAGUUCCUCGGAGGGGAUUUCUCCUCGGCGUUUGCGCCGUCCUGAUCAUGGCGAUUGCAAACGCCGAGGCUGCAGCGUCCGUCGUCGUCGGCCUGGCCAAGUGCGCCGACUGCACCCGGAAGAACAUGAAGGCCGAGCAAGCUUUCAAGGGUCUCCACGUGGCCAUCAAGUGCAAGAACAGCAAGGGCGAGUACGAGAGCAAGGCCGUGGGCCAUCUCGAUGGCACCGGCGCGUUCAGCGUGCCCCUCGCUGCUGACCUCCAUGGCGCCGACUGCCUCGCCCAGCUCCACAGCGCGGCCAACAACGCGCCGUGCCCCGGGCAGGAGCCAUCUAAGAUCGUGCCGCUUUCUGAGGACACAUUUGGUGUUGUCGGAGGAAAGACCCAGUACCCAUCGGCGGAGUGUGCGUCGGCGACAUUGUGCGAGCCCAUCAAGAAAUACAUCAUUGACCAUUUUCACAAGAAGCCCGUGCCGCCCAAGCCGGAGCCGAAAUCAGAACCCAAACCGCAUCCCCAGCCGGACUAUCACUCUGCCCCCACACCCACCUAUGGAGGAGGGCACCUCAUGCCCUUCAAGAAACACAUCAUUGAUCAUUUCCACAAGAAACCCGUGCCGCCCAAGCCGGAGCCAAGGCCAGAGCCCAACCCGCAGCCCCAACCGGACUACCACCCUGCCCCACCCACGCCCACCUACGGAGGAGAGCACCUCAUGCCCUUCAAGAAACACAUCAUUGACCAUUUCCACAAGAAACCUGUGCCGCCCAAUCCGGAGCCCAAGCCAGAGCCCAAGCCGCAGCCCCAGCCAGACUACCACCCCGCCCCACCAACGCCUAGCUAUGGAGGAGGGCACCCCAUGUCAUUCAAGAAACACAUCAUUGACCAUUUUCACAAGAAGCCCGUGCCGUCCAAACCGGAGCCCAAGCCAGAGCCCAAGCCGGACUACCACCCCGCCCCACCCACUCCCACGCCCACCUAUGGAGGAGAACACCCCACGCCCAUCUACCACCCUCCGGCUCAGCACUAACCAUGCAUGGACCCGAGCUAUAAAUCAGUUGCAUGCUCGAUUGGAUUCGUCGGUCUUUCAUCAUUUCCAGCGUCUUUUGUUUAUUAGUCUCUCCAGAAUAACAGUCUUCCGAGAGAGUGAGAAAAAGAGAGAUGAGAGGUGUGUAUCAGGCACGUGUGGGUGUUUAUUUAUUAAGUUAUGUAAUUGUGUACGUGUUUUCAUCUACAACAUGUUACAAUGAGUUAAAUGGUUAUAUUUGCUAA